CAUCUAUACCGCGAAGGAUUUUCAAACUGCGGAGAACUACGCUCAUGCGAACGGUGCUGUGAUGGUUUUCAAAGACCCUGACUUCCGAGGCCUUGAUGUCUGGCAAUCUGACGUAUCUGAUUGGGGCUCUCUAAUUGCUCACCGGCUACAAACUCCACAUCAAUAUAUCAAAGUGCCGGAGAGCUACAAGAAGUCGGAUAAUAUCAUCGGACUACUUUCACUUGACGGGUCUAAAGUCCACACGAUGUCAGUGGCAUCUUCAAGGUCAUCUGGAUUCUCAGAUGAACGAAGUUAGCAACACUGUAUAAAACUUGCGGGGCCCAAUUGUUGGGCAUGUAAUACCUGGCAGCCACAAAUCUGCCAUGUGAUUGCUCUCGAAGAUACACAGACGGGACAUAUCUUCAAGUGUUCAAGGUGAAUUGAA